AAGUUUUUUAUUUUAGUAUUAUGAAACAAAACCAUUAGAAAAAACUCCAACCGAAACAAAAAGACAAACACAAAGACUGUCGGGUUGUUUGGUAUUAAACAGAAUCCAUACCAAAAAAAGACCAUCCAAGCUCGGGCCGAAACCUGACGGGUCUUGACCAAAACCGAAAAAAUACCAGAGCCGCCCACGAUGGAUCUGAGACGAUUCGGGUAAGUGGAUCUAAUAACCGAGGCCCAAGGGUAUCAGGUUUGGGCCAUUUUACCAUUGUAAGCCCAAUUGUCGACGUAGAAGGUGUUUGGGCUGUGCUAGCCCAAUCUCACUUCUCUUCACGGAACCUAGCAUCCCGAAGGUUGCCUGGUACGACCUUCACCUGAGCUCGGCCGACCUGCAGAGACCUACAGCCGAUUCAUUCAUUCACGGCUACAAUAAUGGAUUAGGCUUGGUCUGAAAUUUUCGAUGAGGGUUUGACAUCGAUGAUGGUUGAUUCGAUGGGUCGGCUUUCUUCAUCAAUUCACACACAAAACUUGCUAACCCUUUGUUAUGGUUUUAGAUGGGGACGGAGUGGCUGACUCAAUCGUCAGGUGCUAUAUUUGCUGAUUCUAGAUUGAAGGGUACGUGAGAGUCUUUGCGAUUCCUUCACUUUCCAUUAGCAAAUUAGCUUAGGAACAAUGCCAUUGAGGUUGCCCAAUCAUUUCCCAAGAACCCAUAUUUUUCCAAUCUAUUUGUUCACCUUCUCUAAGCUUCAAUGGGCUUCCAAAUUUUCUUCGAUCUCGAAAUGUCAACGCCAAACCGGAGGCGCAGCCUCCGUUUGGUUCGUUAAGGUUGUAUGCACUCUAUAUGUUCGACGUAAAUCCUCAGUGACAGAAGUUCGCAUUUCCGAUUAUCUUCGCAAGAAAUUAGAUUCCUCGAUUGCUUUUACUGUUAUUGAGCAUAUGAAUACUAACUGGAACAACCCGAAUUUGGCUUAUAGGUUUUUAGAGUAUACCAAGGUUACGUUGAAUCUUGUUCAUUCCUUUGAAACAUAUAGUUUUCUUGUAAGGUCAUUUUGUCAAUCGGGUGUUCCUGAUGCAGCCAAACUAGUAAUCGAUUCAAUGAGGAUUGAUAACCUGUCACCAGAUAGUUCUCUUUUAGGGUUCGUAAUUACAUCAUUUAUCAUUUCUGGUAAACUUGAGGUUGCCAUGGAGUUGAUUAGUGAUUAUUCUCAAUACAGUUCAGAAAAAGAUGAUCCCCUCAGUUGUUUUGUGUUUAACAGACUUCUGAGUUCCUUAAUAAGGAUCAACAAGGUGGAUGAAGCUGUAUCUUUCUUUGAAAAAGUAAUUCUAAGAUCACAAUGCUACUCUCCUGAUGCUUAUACUUUUAACAUAGUCAUCUCUGGUCUAUGCAAAGCUAGAAAGGUUAACAAAGCUUUUGAGUUUUUCAAUCAAAUGAAGGAGUUUGAUUGUUUGCCUGAUAAAGUCACCUAUAAUACCCUUUUGGAUGGAUUUUUUCGUGUUGGAAAUGUCAAAAAAGCACACGAGUUAUUGCAAGAAAUGUUGAUUAUAGAUGGAUUUUCAUGUUCACCUGAUGUUGUGACUUUUACUUCAGUUAUAGAAGGCUACAAAAAACUAGGUAAGAUGAAAGAGGCUUUACUCCUCUUUGAUGAUAUGAUCAAUCUUGGAAUCAAACCCAACAAUUUCACCUUCAAUGUUAUGAUUGAUGGGUUUGGAAAAAUUGGAAAUAUGGUUUCUUUAUCAAGUUUUUAUAAAAAAAUGCUUGAUUUUGAUUGUAAACCCGAUGUUAUCACCUUCACAUCUAUCAUUAAUGGCCAUUGUCGCAUAGGUGAGCUCUCAAAAGCCUUCAAGAUUUUAGAUGAAAUGAGUAGAAGAAAUUUACACCCCAACAUUCGCACAUUUUCAAUCCUCAUCAAUGCUUUGUGUAAAGAAGGUAGAUUAAAUGAAGCACAUGAUCUUUUACAAGAAUUGAAUAAAAGAGACGAUAUUGCCCCUAAAGCCUUCAUCUACAACCCUGUGAUUGAUGGGUUUUGUAAAAGGGGAAAUGUGGAUGAGGCCAAUGUGAUUUUUAAAGAAAUGGAGGAGAAAAAGGUGAAUCCUGAUAAGUUGACAUUUACUAUUUUAAUAAUAGGGCAUUGUAUGAAAGGGCGAAUGGUUGAAGCAAUAAGUCUUUUUGAGAAGAUGGUAAAAGACGAAUGUGCCCCUGAUUCGAUUACUGUAAAUUCAUUGGUGUCACGCCUUUUAAAAGCUGGAAUGCCUAAAGAAGCUUAUGAAAUAAAGAAAGUUGCUUUAGGGGUACCCUUGAUGGAAAAAGAUGGUUUUAUCAGUAAAAAUUUGGGUAUCCCUGUGGCUGUGUGACUGAUGAUGUGGCGUUUUGAAGUUGCAUUUUGGACGUAUUUGUCCUCGAGAGGUCAUCAGUGUAUGCAAGAUGGCUCCACACUUGGCAUUAUCAGGUCAACUCUGAUGAAUGUUUUUCGUUUGACUUUCACCAUAAAAAUGGUGGAUUUUAGCACAUGGGCAAAUAUAAGAAUAUCUUUUAUCAGAAGACUUGAUGCAUGAAGAGGUUGGGGGAUACAAAGUGAAGGACUAUUUGUUGCUUGAGUUGUUCAGGUGAUAUAAAAAACCCAGAUUUCAACUUGUUAAAGAAUCAUAUAUCGAAAAAUCUAGAGGCUGACAUGGCAUUUGGUUUGCAGAAUGUUAUUUGAAAGAAUGGAAUCUGUUACACGAUUUUGAAUAUGAGGGGAUUGUGAUUUGUUAUGUGUUCAGUAAAUAAAGAAUUGAAUAGUUUUUAAAUUUCAACUUAUAGUUAAAAGAUUUUUUUUUUUUUACUUUUAUUUAUUUUGAUGAGAGGAUUUUGUUCUCUUGGUAAAACAGAAGAAUGGAAUUGGAUUUGAAUUGCUCCUGGAUUUGGAGCUACGUGUUGGAAUUGAAUUCCAUUCGUGUUUUGAGAAAGUAAAUAAAAGAGCUGAUUUAUAUA